AGAAAGUGUUUCCACAAAUGUGGUGUGUACCGGUGUAGAACCUCCGAUGCCUCUCAAGCGACUUUAGCCAGUGUGGCCCAGGUGUUCGCUGUGACAAAGUUUGACAAAGAAGGAAACGUUACUUCUUUCGAGAGGAAGAAAACUGAAUUAUACCAUGAGUUAGCACUCCAGGCCAGAGACUUGAGGUUUCAGCACGUGAUGAGCAUCACUACCAGGAACAACAGGAUUAUCAUGAGGAUGGAGUAUUUGAAGGCUGUGAUAACUCCAGAGUGUCUUCUGAUACUAGACUAUCGGAAUUUAAACCUGGAGCAGUGGCUCUUCCGGGAACUGCCAUCACAGCUGGCUGGAGACGGUCAGCUUGUCACUUACCCGUUGCCGUUUGAGUUCAGAGCCAUUGAAGCACUCCUGCAGUAUUGGAUCAACAACCUCCAGGGGCAACUCAGCAUCCUGCAGCCCCUGAUCCUUGAGACCCUGGAUGCAUUAGUGGACCCCAAGCACUCUUCUGUUGACAGAAGCAAGCUGCAUGUCCUACUCCAGAAUGGCAAAAGUCUCUCUGAGUUAGAAACAGACAUUAAAAUUUUCAAAGAGUCGAUUUUGGAGCUUUUGGAUGAUGAGGAGAUGCUGGAAGAACUCUGUCUAACCAAGUGGAGUGACCCCCAGGUCUUUGAGAAGAGCAGCGCUGGGAUUGACCAUGCAGAGGAGAUGGAGCUGCUGCUUGAAAACUACUACCGGUUAGCUGACGACCUUUCCAACGAGGCUCGGGAGCUUCGGGUCCUGAUUGACGACUCGCAGAGCAUCAUCUUCAUCAAUCUAGACAGCCACCGCAAUGUGAUGAUGAGGUUAAAUCUCCAGCUAACCAUGGGAACCUUCUCUCUUUCCCUCUUUGGACUAAUGGGAGUUGCUUUUGGCAUGAAUUUGGAAUCUUCCCUUGAAGAGGACCAUCGUGUGUUCUGGCUGAUUACAGGAAUUAUGUUUAUGGGGAGUGGCCUCAUCUGGAGGAGGUUGCUUUCGUUCCUCGGCAGACAGCUAGAAGCUCCUUUGCCCCCUAUGAUGGCCUCCUUACCUAAAAAGACCCUUCUGGCAGACAGAAGGAUGGAAGUGAAAAACAGCCUCAGGCCGGACGGACUCGGAGCCAGCAGGACUGUCCUGGCAAGCCGCUAACAGCAGCUGCAGACAAAGAUCUGUAUGCUUCUGGAGCUAUUACCGCUCUCCGGGGGAGAAAAAGACGACCGCUGUUUAAAUUAUGUCUGACUUAAAAUACUGCGGCAUUCACGAUACUAAAACACGAUGCGUCUUCAGAAUUCUGGGAGGCAAAGUGCUUUCUUUGUAAAAGGCCAAAAUCCUGUGUCCUACCAACCUUGAAUACUGUUUUUAUGGGCUUUUUAAAGUAUAGAUUAAUUUAUUGCGAGAUAGACUUCUCUAGAUUCAGUACUGUUAAACAUAUCAGGAAAAGUACAGCUCUGUGCUGAUGGAGCCCAGCAACUUGACAGAGCCUGUAGUCCCUGAGCUCACCGGCUGCAGUUCCUCAGACGUGGGAAAGAAAGCUGGCAGAUCUGUUAGCCUUGCAAUGAACUCGGGAAUGUCAGUCCUUGACAACCUUAUUUUCAGGUAUUUGCUCUCUUUUAUAUAUAAGAUAAAUAAAAAGGAAAUAUAAUUUAAUGUCAA